ACUCACCAUUUUCAGCCUUCAUUCCUCGGCUCACACAUUCACCACCAUGGCUGGUUCCGGUGCCAUAAUGCUCAUGCUAACUUUGGUGCUUGCUUCUUUAUUAUGUUCGAUGGCUCAGAGUCCAUCGAUGCCGCCAGUAAUGCCACCGAGUUCAAGCUCCACUCCAUCACCCACCACCACCAUGACUCCAAUGUCAUCACCACCCCCCACCACCACUAUGACUCCUUCCCCGGCUAUGACGCCGACUUCGUCGCCCACACCGACCAUGGCCAGCCCUCCAACUACCACAAUGGCUCCUUCGGCACCAGGACCAUCAAUUAGUUCAGCACCUUCGGCAGCUUCUCCUGACGAGCCGAUGGCGCCAGGGCCGCCACCACCAAAUUUUGCUGCUUCUACACGUGAAUACAGCAUGUCCUUCUUAGCAUUGCUUGGAGGGGUUGCACUCUUUGUUUAGAACAAUGUUUUCGUUUACUUUUUAUGUAGAUUGAGCUAUUUAUUUGUGCAUUCAUUUUGUUCUUGUUCCAUUUUCUGUCUCUUCCUAGAGCUGCUUCAUUUGUGAAAAGU